CAAGCCAAGGGAUACCCAACGAUUGAACCAAGAGACUGCUAGAGACAGCCGGUUGACCCUUUGCAAUAUGCGGUGUCCUCUCUUGCUGCUGCUCCUGGGUCCGCUCUAUACAGUCAUACAGGCCCAGCAGAUCUACGUCAAGGAAACGCUCACCGGUAUUAUUGACCAGGAAGCCAUUUUACCAUGCACGAUCAGCAGCGACCCCAAUAUCCGUGUCAGCCAAAUAAUGUGGGAAAAAGGAGGCAACAGCAUAGCCGUUUACAGUCCCCAACAUGGAACUCACGUGAGUGAGCCAAACCGUUAUCAGCUGCUCGAGCCUUCACCUAGCAGUGCAACACUCCGCAUCCUAUCACUCCGUGCCGCCGAAGAAGGAGACUAUUCUUGUGAAGUAACCCUCUUUCCUGCUGGUAACCGCAAGGCCACAACAAAACUGGCUGUGAUAGCUGUGCCGCAGAAUUCUGCUGAGGCCAACAGUGAGGCUCUAGCAAAUGGUGAAGAACAAACUGUAGCCACAUGCAGAUCGUCCAAUGGGAGGCCCCCGUCCCGUAUCACAUGGCAAACAAGCCUCCCUGGCAACGUAACCACCAUAAUGACCAAUGGCACGAACGGAACAUACACUGUUGUCAGCCGAUAUGUGAUGACGCCAACAUCGCAAGCUGACGGGAUGCCCAUCACCUGUAACAUCGACCAUGAAUCUGCAGCGGUUCCUAUUCCUUUGAGGCUAUCUGUAAUGUAUCCCCCUGAGGUUACUGUCGAAGGAUAUGAUGAUAACUGGCAUUUAAAACGCAACGGCGUCUUUCUGACAUGCAGCGCUAAAGGAAAUCCUCAUCCCACGUCGUACACAUGGAAAACAGCUGAUGGAUCUUCGCUUCCACCCACUGUCCGGGCAAAAGAUAAUAUGUUGUAUGUGGACGAAGUGGAUGAACGCGUAAACCGGUCGUUUUUAUGUGAAGUCACCAAUGCCCUCGGGAGCAGAGCCUACCGCCAGGACGUCCUUGUGAGAGAACACGCAAUGCAGACGCAGACAAACGCUGGAGCCAUCGCCGGGGGGGUAAUCGGGGUGAUUUUGGUCCUGCUCCUCCUAGCAGCCAUCGUCUUCAUCGUCAUCAAGAGAAAAGGACUGCACAGCAAGCAGGAUCGGGGCACCUACAGCCCAAAAACACGUGUAUUUGGCACUGGCAAGCCAUCUCAGGAGUUCACCUACCAAGAUGAUGGUGAGUUGGACAAACCUCUCAAAGGCCCUGGACCAAUGAGGGACAGUGGGCUGAGUCCCUCUUUGGGAGAGGAUGAGGAUGAAGAGGAAAGGCUGAAGUACAAAGUUCUAGAAGAUGAUGAGGAGGACGAGCGAUUUAACGAGGUGGGGCCCAUGCUGCAACUUAGACCCCACCCUCAGAUUGGCGCUUAUCUGGAUGAUGACAUGGAGUCCCAGACUGAUGGCUCUAUCAUCUCCAGGACUGCAGUGUAUGUCUGACACUCCUCUAAGGGGUGCCAAUGUAUUUGUAUCCUCAAGUACCUGGACUUCAGAGAGUUCCUUAACCGUCCCAAUUAUGGACUGAAGAGUGUGUAUCUCUACCCAUCCAUGCUUCAUCACUCAUUUUGACUUUAUCUAGCCUCAGUGACAUCAUGAGCCAUCCACACUGCAAUGUACAUGUAAGACCAUUUCCCCUUGUAUAACUCUACUUUUCAAUCAGGUAUGUGCAACCCAACUUUUUAAGAGCAGGACAUUGUGUAUAAAAUAUCCUGUACCUGUUUUACUGUCCAUGCAGGUGCCCUUACAAAUGCUCCCAGGGAUUGUGGUGAAUCUUUUCCAUCAUUCCCUUCACUUGCCCACCAAAAGUGGAUGUGUCCUACUCUUGCUCCCAUGGAAUUCUAUGGACUCUUAAGAAUAUGUACUGUUCUUUAUAUAGACUUUGCCUAUAUCACUGUGCUUCUUGGUGACCCCUCAUUAUUUCAGGGGGCUGGGGAAGGUGCAGUAGGAGCCACGUUGAUUUUUUUAUAAAUUGCUGUGCCAGUGGCAAAAUGCCAUUUGCAGUUUUUACUAAUAUAUACCGAUUUCAUUGAUGGGGUUUGCACUAAAAAAAGGACUGAUAAAGGAAUAAUAUGAAGGAAAUUUUACCUUGGGUUAAUAG